UCUUAUCGCCAUGGUAACAGCACACUUAGCAAAGCAGCUAAUGCUAGUUAGCUAACGUCGGAUUUACGCUGGAUGCUGCGUUUCUUCGUCAAAAGCGGUUAAGUUAGUAUGGAGAGCUUUAAAUAUGACUCAGGGAGAAAAUCUGUCCCUGAAGCAGCGCAGGAUGUGGUCAUAAGGGCGGGUAACGACCUCCAUGUUAUCGGCGACCUCAGAGUCCUGAACAACCUGCGGGCCCUGGAGGAGACCAGCCGGGUAUCCCCCUCCUCCUUUGUGAAAGUCCAGAAGGACAUCCAGCCGCACAUGAGGAGGAUACUCACAACGUGGAUGUUCAGGGUGUGUGAGGAGCAGCUGUGUGAGGAAGAGGUGUUUCCACAGGCGGUGCACUACCUGGACUCCUACCUGAGCCAUUUUCCUAUUGAGAUGUCCAAGCUGCAGCUUUUAGGGGUGGUUUGCAUGUCCCUGGCCUCCAAAAUGAGAGAAACUGUCCCACUGACAGCUGGCAAACUUUCUAUCUACACAGACAACUCCGUUUCAGUCUCAGAUAUCCUGCAGUGGGAGGUGGCGGUGGUGUCCAGGUUAGACUGGUGUCUGGCCUCUGUGGUCCCCUCUGACUUCCUGGAGCCAAUUCUUCAUGCUCUCCCUUUCAUCCGGGCCUCUCACCUCCAGCAGAUCCGACGACAUGUUCACUCCUACAUCGCUCUGGCAGCAAUGGACUGCAGGUUUUUAGCCUUCUUGCCCUCUACUCUUACAUGUGCUUGCGUGAACACUGCCAUUCAUAGGCUAAAGAUGGUGGAGUGCCCUGACUCAUCAAAUUCAAUUAUCAAGUUUUUGGCCAACCGCUUGGCUGCUGAUCUGAGUACUGUCCUCCGCUGCAGCGAGCUGCUGGGAAGCCUGUUGGAGCUCACUCUGCCCUCCUGUUUCCAAGAUAGAGUUGGCAGGACAGACACACACAAUUCAAGGAUCAGCUACACCCCUGCGGACAUCCAGGAUGUUGUCCUGACACCAGUUGCACCAUCUCAGGAAAUUAAGCCCAAACAUUCCUCCCUGCCGUGAACUAUUCAGAUGAUCGAAACUGCAGCCAGAAGACCAAAUUCGGGAAGCAGCAAAACUGAAAGGUGUCCAAAUCCAAACUUCUAAAGUUUUAUUCUCAAUUUGAUUAAUUUUGAAAAUUUAUAGUGCGUAAAAAAAAAAAAUCUGUUCUGGAAAUUCUGAUUGUGCUUGCUGAGCAAUCAUCCACUCUUGUGAUACUAAGCUGCACUUCAAGCUUGACAGCAAUGUUUGCCGACUUUCUACUGUAAUGUUUGAGUUUCUUUGUGCCUCGUCUGUAGCUCCGAUAAGUUUAAAGUGAUGUUCCUGCAUGUUUUCAACAGCUAUGACCUGAAUUGAGUCCAAUUAAAAAACGAAACAUUCAUGUGGGUCACAAACAACA